UAAUAAAUCACUCUUAAAGGCAAUUUAACAAAUUAAUUCAGUGUAAAACAACGCAGUUGCAAUUCAAGAUGUCCCAGGACGAUUUUGAUAUCUUUUCCAACAUUAAUGCUCUCGAUGAGCCGCCUCCGGUGAAAUUUUCCGAUAUACGAGUAAGCGAUGAUUUGGAGAAUUCAUCUCAAGCGGACUCUAUUCUGACUUUAGAUGAUCUCGAUGAUACACCUGAUACGUCUGAACGACAGCCUCUGUCUCUGUCCAAUUCCAAUGUCCAGGAGAUGAGCAAGAAGGGGCAACAGCUGAUGAAACGCUACCAGAAGAAGCAAGAGGUGGUACAGAGGCAAACUCAGAAGAAACUACAAACACAGAUGAAGGUGAAGAAUCCCUUUUCCCACCCUAAACGAACUUCCACGCCAACAGGCUUUCCAAAGAGGAAGAGGGCCAGAUUCCACCGAAGUAUGUUGUUUGGCUAUGCCCUUACAGCUCAGGCACGAGCUCAUGCACAGGCCCUGUCUCAAGACUCGGAUGAAGACCUGGAUGAGUAUGGGGACGAUUUUUACCAGGAUUCGGGAAGUUUUGGCAGUGGACAGGGAUCGUCAUUCCAACGUUCAAUUUCAGUGUCUUCCAUGGAGCUCUCUCGAGAAAUUGACCAUGAGAUCACCAUAAAACUCAAGUGGCAUGAAGACAUUGAGAGGAUUCCCUUCCGUAAUCUUCAACCCUUUGAGGAUCUCUUCAAAAUGCUCAGUGAACGCGAAGGAGUGUCCUCAAAUCAAAUUCUACUGCUCAUGGAGAACAAAAUUAUUUCUUCCACCGACACUCCCAGCUCCAUUGGCUACACCAGUGUUAACUUCAUCAGUGGCCGUAUUGUCCAGGAGAAUAUGAUAAAUGCCAAACCCACCAAGAAGGUGGCGAAGAAGUCGGAGCUGCAGCUGAAAAUACAAUCAGAUCGCUGGAAGAGACCCAUUGCUGUAGAAGCACAAAAGUCCGACACGGUGGGACAUUUGCUGCAGAAGUUUGCUCUCCAACAGAACUGUGCCACUGAGAAGAUGUAUCUGAAGUUCGAUGGGGAUGUUCUUGAGAACGAGAUGACUCUUGCUGAUUUGGAUCUGGAGGGAGGUGAAAUGCUAGACUGUGUCUUCGUGAAAUAGUUGAGAAGUUUCUGUGUACAAAGGCCCAUCAUUGCGGUCAUUAUUAUCUAUUAUUCCUUUAUAAAAAAAAAGACUUAAAGAAUUUGAAAGCCUGAUAAAUAUAUUAUAUUUUCCAAUAAAAUGUUGAAUUAAAUACAAAAA